AUGAAAAACCACACAAUAGCAACUUUCAUCCUCUUGGGACUGACAGAUGACCCUCAACUUCAGGUUCCAAUUUUUACUUUUCUAUUUCUCACUUACACGUUGAGUAUAACUGGGAAUCUGACCAUCAUAUCCCUCACUUUAGUGGACUCCCACCUUAAAACACCCAUGUACUUUUUCCUACAGAAUUUUGCCUUGUUAGAAAUCUCAUUUACAUCUGCUUGCAUCCCUAGAUAUUUGUACAACAUAGCAACAGGUGACAGAUCAAUUACAUAUAAUGCUUGUGUUGUUCAAUUGUUUGUUACUGACGUCUUUGGAGUAACUGAAUUUUUUCUGUUAGCUGUGAUGUCCUAUGACCGCUAUGUGGCCAUCUGCAAACCCUUGCAUUAUGUGACCAUGAUGAGCAGCAGAGUCUGCAAGAGCCUUGUCCUCUGUUGUUGGAUGGCUGGCUUAUUGAUCAUACUCUCACCAUUUACUUUGUUCCUAAAUUUGAAAUUCUGUGAUUCAAAUGCCAUUGAUUAUUUUGUCUGUGAUGUAUCUCCUUUGUUGAAGAUUUCAUGCUCAGACACAUGGCUCAUCGAGCAGCUGGUUAUUGUCUGUGCUGUGCUGACCUUCAUUCUCACCCUUGUGUGUGUUGUUUUGUCCUACAUUUACAUCACUAAGACCAUUCUAAGAUUGCCCUCUGCCCAACAGAGGAAAAGGGCCUUUUCCACCUGUUCUUCCCAUAUGAUUGUGGUUUCACUCACUUACGGAAGCUGUAUUUUCAUCUAUAUCAAACCUUCAGCCAAGGAGUCAGUGACUAUUAACAAGGGUGUGACACUGCUAAUGACAUCCAUCGCUCCUAUGUUGAACCCAUUCAUUUACACUCUAAGAAACAAACAAGUGAGACAAGCUUUCAGUGACUCAUUCAAAAAUAUUGCAUUGGUCUCAAACAAGUAA